AUGGUCACUGCAGAUAGGGUCAAGGACUCCCGAGUCAUUUACAGCUUUAAUAUUCGAAACAAAAAUCAGAUCUAUCAGGCAGAUACGAUAGUGAAGAGUGUUAAAGACUAUGUGGAGAAGGCAAAUCUUGACCAGAAGAAGAUGACUUGUUUUGCAAGUGAUGGACCAGCAGUGAUAACAGGUAAAAAGAAUGGUGUUGUGACACAGCUAAAGAAAUCUAACCCAGCUUUGAUUGAUGUGCACUGUGUUAAUCACAGACUUCAGCUUGCUAUUAGUUCAGCAUUCAAGUCUGUCACACUCAUUGAAAGAGUGGAUGAACUGCUGAUGGGACUGUUCAAGUACUACCAUUACAAAAUGGAAGGCGACACGUCAGAUGAACCAAAUAGAGGUCCUAUUACAAUUAAGAAGGCUGUCCAUACCCGGUGGCUCAGUCAUGAGAAGGCUGUUCAUGCAGUGAGGCAGUGCUACCCAUCAAUCCUUGCUGACUUAGAGAAUGCUGUAGGCAUGGGCAAUGAUAAGAAGGCUGGGGAUAAGCAGAGUGUCACUGCUGAAGGACUCUACAGGCAGCUCAAGUCUUAUGACAGACUUUACACUAUUCUCUUGCUAUGUGAUGUGUGCUCUUUGUUAUCUGGUCUAACAAAGCUGUUCGAGCGAAGGGAUUUGGAUUUGAGUGUUUUGGAACCACAAAUACAAAGUAGCACUGCAUCUUUGAGAAAAAUGAAAGACAAGCCAGGCCCAUAUCUAAAUCGCAUUGAUCAGCUUGCUAACCUGUAUGACCUGGAGAAGACUGAGAGCAGACGGACAGAUAUAAAGUCUUCAAAGGACAUCUUUCUCGAUCACCUGAUACAGAACAUGGAAGAGAGGAUGCAGGUCACACCCAUCAUCACAAACCUAUCAGCGCUGGAUCUGAGGAAGGAUGGAGAUCCUUCUUUCCUGACUUUCCAUGGGGAUGCUGAGAUAACACAGCUGGCAGAGCACUUCGGACUUGACGUCGACCAGACACAGCUUGAGUGGAGUCAAGUAAAGGAGCUGUUUUCAGGGGAGCUUGACACCAGUUCACCCUCCUCCAUUUUGAAGACCCUCACCAGCCUGAAGCCUCAACUUGGAAACUUGUAUCCGAACAUUGUUCAAUUACUGUCCAUCCACGCAACAAUGAUUCUGCCCACUUCUGAAGUUGAGAGAGUGUUCUCAAAAGUGAAAUUGAUUGUGACAGAUCAUAGAAACAGACUCAGUGUUGAAAACUGCAACAGGCUUCUCAUGAUUAGCCUGAAUGCAUCUUCAGCUUCAGACAUUGACUUGAAGAAAGUUGUGAGCAAAUACUUGGCAAGGAAGAAAAGAAAACUGUAA